CAGCAUGGAGACAAAAUAGACUUCAUUAUAGAAAAAUUUCUUGCUGAAACAAUUUACUUCAAGGAGUGCAGGAUGACAGAUCGUGGAAUAAAAUGGGCUUGUGAGUAUUGUACAUAUGAAAACUGGCCAUCUGCGAUCAAGUGUACCAUGUGUCGUGCUCAGAGACCUAAUGGAACUAUUAUCACAGAAGAUCCAUUUAAAAGUACUUCAAGUGAUGUUGGUAGAGACUGGGAUCCUGCAGGUAUUGAAGGAGGCAGCAGUCCUUUGAUAUGUCCAGAUUCUAGCGCAAGACCAAGAGUUAAGUCAUCUUACAAUGUGGAAAGUGCAAAUAAGUGGUCAUGUCACAUGUGUACUUACUUGAACUGGCCUCGUGCAAUAAGGUGUACUCAGUGCUUGUCUCAGCGUAGGACCAGGAGCCCCACAGAAUCUCCUCAGUCUUCAGGAUCUGGUACAAGACCAGCUUCUUUUUCUGUGGAUCCUUGUGAGGAAUACAAUGAUAGAAAUAAAUUGAAUAUAAGGACACAACACUGGACUUGUUCUGUUUGUACAUAUGAGAAUUGGGCUAAGGCCAGAAAGUGUGUUGUCUGUGAUCACCCACGGCCCAACAACAUUGAAGCAAUAGAACUAGCAGAAGCAGAACAGGCUUCUUCAAUAAUAAACGAGCAAGAAAGAACGCGUUGGAGAGGAAGCUGCAGUAGUGGAAAUAGCCAAAGAAGAUCACCUCCCACCGCUAAACGAGAAUCUGAAGUGAAAAUGGACUUUCAGAGAAUUGAAGUGGCUGGAGCUGUUGGCAGCAAAGAAGAACUUGAAGUGGAUUUCAAAAAACUAAAACAAAUAAAAAACAGAAUGAAGAAGACUGACUGGUUGUUUCUCAAUGCUUGUGUUGGGGUAGUAGAAGGCGAUCUAGCUGCUAUUGAAGCUUAUAAAUCAUCAGGAGGAGAUAUUGCACGGCAACUUACUGCAGAUGAAGUACGCUUGUUAAAUCGGCCUUCUGCUUUUGACGUGGGAUACACACUAGUUCACCUUGCAAUACGUUUUCAGAGACAAGAUAUGUUAGCAGUUCUGCUUACAGAGGUGUCCCAGCAUGCAGCUAAGUGCAUUCCUGCUAUGGUGUGCCCAGAGCUUACUGAACAAAUCCGGCGUGAAAUUGCUGCAUCUCUUCAUCAACGGAAGGGAGAUUUUGCUUGCUAUUUCCUAACUGACCUUGUUACGUUUACGUUACCUGCUGAUAUUGAAGAUUUGCCGCCAACAGUUCAAGAGAAGCUUUUCGAUGAAGUACUUGAUAGGGAUGUUCAAAAAGAACUAGAAGAAGAAUCUCCCAUUAUAAACUGGUCACUGGAAUUGGGUACACGUUUGGACAGUAGACUUUAUGCACUUUGGAAUCGGACUGCAGGAGAUUGCCUGCUUGAUUCAGUUUUACAAGCUACCUGGGGCAUUUAUGAUAAGGAUUCGGUGCUACGUAAAGCUCUUCAUGACAGUUUACAUGAUUGUUCUCAUUGGUUCUAUACCCGAUGGAAAGAAUGGGAGUCAUGGUAUUCUCAAAGCUUUGGUUUACAUUUUUCACUGAGAGAAGAACAGUGGCAGGAAGACUGGGCAUUUAUACUUUCUCUUGCUAGUCAGCCUGGCGCAAGUUUGGAACAGACACACAUUUUUGUACUUGCACAUAUUCUUAGAAGACCAAUUAUAGUUUAUGGAGUUAAAUAUUAUAAGAGUUUCCGGGGAGAAACUUUAGGAUAUACUCGUUUUCAAGGUGUAUAUUUGCCUUUGUUAUGGGAACAGAGUUUUUGUUGGAAGAGCCCUAUUGCUCUGGGCUACACAAGGGGCCAUUUCUCUGCUUUGGUUGCCAUGGAGAAUGAUGGCUAUGGCAAUCGAGGUGCUGGUGCUAACUUGAACACUGAUGAUGAUGUUACUAUUACUUUUUUACCAUUGGUUGACAGUGAAAGGAAGCUGCUGCACAUUCACUUCCUGUCUGCUCAAGAGAUUGGUAAUGAGGAACAGCAAGAGAAGCUGCUUAGGGAAUGGCUGGACUGUUGCGUGACAGAAGGUGGAGUCCUGGUUGCUAUGCAGAAAAGCUCUCGCCGGCGUAACCAUCCCCUGGUAACGCAGAUGGUGGAGAAAUGGCUUGACCGCUAUAGACAAAUCCGUCCCUGUACAUCCCUUUCAGAUGGAGAGGAAGAUGAAGAUGAUGAUGAUGAAUGAAAAAAAAGAGAUACCAGCUGCGUAUAGUGUAUGGUGACAACCCCAGCUGUUGGAGCAGUCUAGCAACUUGUUGCAUGGUGACCCAAUUGUAGCAGGAAACAACCUGCAUAGGAUUUUGAGUGGGCAUGGGAAGAAUUCAGAGACUCAUCUGAUGCAAGAAGGAAGUAUGUUGGUUGGACUAAUUUGUAAACAAGACAAAGAAAGCAAAGUCCUAAUUUUAUUACAAGACAGAAAGCAUUUUUCCGGUUGUACAUCUGCCCUUAAUUAUACCACAUGUGGUUGUGUAAGAAGGUUGAAAAUAGGAAAAAAGUGUAACCAGCAUCUUACAAUUAUUGAAGGAAAUUCUUUUAAAUAAGGGCACUUAAAAGCACAUUGUUGAUUAAUAUCUGUUCCUUUGAGACUUACAGUAAAAUUUGAUUAUUUUGCAUCUCUUUUUAAGCAUUCUGACAUAUUUCCUUGAAAUAACAUUUUAUAUGAAAUCUUGCUAAUGCCCAGAUCAGAUCAUCAGAUCAUGUGGCUUUUUUUUCUUUCUUUUUUUGUUGAUGCCAUAUAUCCAGAGUAACUCAUACGUGUUAAAAAUGUAUUGUUCUGUUAAAUUUAAUAUUGUGCCCAUUACAGUAUAAUAAAACGAAAUUUUAAAGGGAAAAGAUAUGGAAGGGAUGAUAAAUUUUGACUAAGUGAACUGUUUUCUGUAAAGACUUCUCUAGUAUCCAUUAUUACUUUGUAUUACAACUUUGAAAUAGUUUCUCCCCCCCCCCCCUUUUCAGGCUACUUAAACUAGUAAAAAAAAAAAUGCUGUUCCAGUGAACUUUAUGCUAAACAAUUGUGUGGAGUUUGUUAAACUGAACUGCAUUUUGCCCAAACCCGGUCUUGCUGUGAGUUGUACUAUAGAAAUUAAUAUUUUAUCAAGCCUUUUCCCAUGCAGGUUAAAAUUGCCUCCACUGAGGAUCAUUCCUUGGUCAUUAAAACUGAGUGAGAAAGCACUUUGACUGUUUUCCUUAAAAGCCUUCAUUCUAAAGUUUGUUGGGAAGUCCUGUGUACAAUUUUUCCUUAAAAUGUAACCUUCAGAAUUCUGUGCAUGUUGACUGAUUGUGGCCACAUCUGAACUUAUACGCUUCCUGAAACUGUCAGUUCAGAAUAUAUUCUCCAGUAAAAAAAAAAAAUCUUUUUAUUAUACUUGAUUACCUUAGCUAUGCUGUAUUGAAUGGAUCCAGCCCAAUCCAGAACCUCACUGUAAGAACACUAAAGGUUGAAUAGUUUUGUAUGCAAGAUGUAGAUCCUGAUAAGCACUUUUUAAAGGCCAAUGAUGGUAGAAAUGAUGACAUGGAACCUCUUCUUAUAAGAUGGAAUCCUGGUUUAAGAAUCUGAACAGAAACUGUACCUUUUUUUAAAUGGAUGUAAAAACAUUGGAGCCAUUCUGAAUUAAUUGCUUUUUAAAAUGGUACAUUUCAAGCAAUUGAAAGUUAAAAAUUUCUCAACAUAAUUCUACUGACAAAUAAACAAUGACAUUUUAUCAAGGUACUGUGUUGAAACAUAUCAAUACAUUUUUUCACUCUUGUAGAAGCUUAUUAAUGUUUUACACAUGAAUCACAUUGCCCUGUGAUAAAUUUACAGAGCAGUAGAAUCAUUGGAUUUCUUUUCCUACAACAGGUUGUGCUUUGAUAUAUUCCUAUUUUUAAGUUUUCCUUAAAAGGGAUAUAGUUUAAUACCUUAGUCCUCUGGUUGCUCUUCAUUCUUUUCUAUAAAAUUACUGCGUUCCUGAACUAAUAGAAUAAAUUAGAUGAUUAUGCUUGAGUAGAAUGAAGAACAUUGAAAUGUUGCAAGUUGUGCUCCAAAUCUAUGUUAUUUCUCAAUUGUAGCCGCAGUUUCUAGCAAUGAGAUAUGACCUUGAAUAUAAACCUUAUUUUAUUUUUGUUUGCCCUAUUAAUAGGAGAAAAUGUUUAGCUGUAUUUAACCAAGGCUUUAGGCAUUUUCUUGAAUAAAAGCAUUUGGCUGCUAUUAGGGAUAAAAAAAUCAGCAAUAUACAUUUUAUUUUCAUGUUAUACAGCUAUACAAGCAGCAAUAUACAUAUUUAUUAUAUAGUCACAGUACAUCCUUAUGAGGCUCAGCGGAAGUCGGUGGUUUUAUAGAUUAUAAUUCGAAUUGCUCUCAUAGUACAGCAGCACAGUUAUUAAUUCAAUUAUAGCUGUGCCUUGAAACACUAACUGCAAUAGUACGUAGGCCUCUCAUUUGAUGUAAAAUUUUUGGAAGGGUUACAUUUUUUUAAACCAAAUUUGGAGGUAUUCUGACAUGAUAUCCCUGCUUUAAAGCUAGAGGUCAGACUUCAGUUUGAUUUUCUUUUCAUACAGUAAGUUGUAAUGUUUCCAUAGAGUGCUCCAAAUUAAACUAUUUUGCUGUUCUAUUUUUUGAAUUUCAUUUUUUUUAAAUCUUUAAAUACCUAAAUUGUUUAUCCUGUUCAGUUAUUUUGUUCCAUGUCUUACUUCAAAGCCUGCAGUUCUCUUGGGGAAAAAAACCCCCACCUCACUACUUCUAUGGUUAGCAUCAAAAUGAUUUGCCAUCUCCACCAUUUUGUAUGGUAAUUAUUUUCCCCCAAAGCCGUGUUCUAUUGUAGUGAAUUAUGCUUUCUUAAUUAUACCAGUAUUUUAUGAAUUCUUUUAGAGGCAUGCCUCUUCUAUAUCAUUUAACUUAGAUUUAGCCUAGUAAGAUAACUUUUACAAUGGUGACUGGUAUACAAAUUUCAACACCAGGUCUCUUCUAAAUAUCUAUUUUAAGUGGGGAGUUUUGCCUUCAAAUUAAUAUCUGAAAGUAAUACAAAAUUAAUGUCUCCAUGCAACACAUUCACUAAUGGUAGAACAUUCCAUAACAAAUAUGAUUGGCUUAUUCAAGUAUUAUUUUUCAUGAAUGCUAAUUAUGCCUAUUUGGAAUGCUAUUUCCUGGUUUAAGAUCAAAGUACCAAUAAUAGCAGCUUCUAAAAAAUCACUAAUGCCAGUGUAAAUGUUUUGUUACUUCACCUUCAUUUGUGUGAUUUCCUAAAAUGUUCUCUGUAAUUCAUCAAUGUUUCUUCUCCUGGUUGCUCUAUUCUGGUGUCUAUGGUAAGUUACACAUAUUUGCAGUGUUAGACCAUUGACACAUUUAUGAAGUUGAAUCCCUUGAAUAUGUUCCAGCUAGUAAUGUGCUUUUCCAUCAAUUCAAAACAAAAUAUAAGUUUUGUAAUACCAAUGAUUUGUUUUCAAUUUCUGCUUCCAUAGUUUGUGUGCAUGUCCCCUUUCUUCCCUUUAAGCCUACUCAAAUCACAUUAAAAGUUCACUGACAAGCU